AUGUCGUGCAGCUACUCUGCACCGAGCCUGUCAAUCACGCCUCUCAACGAAGACAGCGUCGCUGAUUUGGAGCUCCUCGAGCAAUGGCACCGCCGUCAAAUUACGGGCCAUCUCUCUGAUAGUGCGCGGAGCUUGGAGUCCAGUCUCGUUCGAUUGGGUUUCUCGCACCACUACUUACUGAACAGUAUCCUUGCCCUCACGGCGUUAGAGCUCUACAGCGAAGACCAGUCUCGGUUCAAAUGGUACGCAAGAGCCGUCGCUCACCAACAGACCGCACUCAGUCGCGUCAAGCCGCACUUCAAGUCGCCUGAAGCCACCGACCAACAAGCGCUGCUGGGCUUCUCUGCCUUCACCUCCAUGUACGCCGUGGCCGAGCCCUUCAUGCGACCCCAUCAAUUGCGCGCUUUUCAGCCAGCCCAGUUCGAUCCUGUGGACGAGUUGUUGCGCGCCUUUCAUUUCGGGCGAUGCACAACGUCAUUCGUGCAGCAAAGUUUCCCUCCAGCCCUGGUUACAGAGUCCUGGCUUCUCCUGCCGUCCAUGACACGACAAGGAGAUGCUUUCCAGGGUCCCAGUGCAAAAUUCCCACAGUUCCAACCGCUCGUAGACCGCGUUAGGCAUCUCUCCGACCAUUCACAGGAGAUGGCGUGUCUUUCGUCCAUUUCUCAGCUCAUUGGGCGAAUAGCCACCUUGGUUGAUAAUCCCACAGAGCCCGAGAAGGGCAAGGUUAUUUGGGGAUGGGGUCUCGAGGUCCAUCAAGACUUUCUCGACAUGUGUUCGGCGCGGCACUCCGUGGCACUCGCCGUCUUGGCCCACCUGGCCGUCCUGAUGACCUUUUACAGGGAGCACUGGUGUCUCAGGUCAUGGCCUACCGGGCUGCUAAGUCACGUCAAGGGUGUCCUUGGUGAUGAGUGGAAAGAUGUAAUCCAGUGGCCGUGCGAUGUCGUGUUUGGAUCAGUUGCAGUUGCAUAUGGAUAG